AUGCCGGCGAUUGGCUACGGCACCUGGCUCUCGAAGCCGGGCGAGGUGUACGCGGGCACGAAAAAGGCGAUAGAGCUCGGGUAUCGGCACAUCGACGAGGCGUGGGUGUACAAGAACGAGGCCGAGGUAGGCAAGGCGAUCAAGGAGGUGAUCGCGGAGGGCACGGUUGCGGCGCGCGCGGACCUGUGGAUCACCUCCAAGCUGUGGCAGUGCCACCACCGCACGGAGCUCGUCCGGGAGGGCUGCCUUGACUCGAUGACGCAGUUGGGCGUAGAGUACCUCGACCUCUACCUGAUGCACUUUCCGGUGGCCUUUGUGCCCGGCUGCGACGAGGCGGUCUCGGCCGACCAGAUGGACGACGUCCCCAUCGAGGACACGUGGAGGGCGAUGGAGAAGCUGGUGGACGAGGGGCUCGUGCGGCACAUCGGCGUGAGCAACUUCGAGAUUGCGGAGCUCAAGCGUGUGCAGGCGGUCGCGAGCAAGCCCAUCGCAUGCAACCAGUUCGAGACGCACCCGUACUACCAGCGCCGCGAGCUCUUCGAGUACUGCCAGUCGCACGGGAUCGCAGUCACGGCGCACAGCAGCAUGGGCGGCGGAGCGAACGCGAUGAGGAAGUUCCACAAGAGCCCUCCGCUGACGGACGACCCGGUGAUCGGCGAGAUCGCCGCCAAGCACGGCACCUCGCCGCACGUCGUCCUGCUCGCGUGGGGUCUGCGGCGCCCCAUGGCCAUCAUCCCGAAGUCGGUCACGCCGAAGCGCAUCCAGGCCAACAAGGACGAGGUGCUCGCGCUCCAGCUCGACGAGGACGACCUCGCCAAGAUCGCAGGCCUGGACAAGCCCGGCCUCGACGGCUGCUACUGCCACCCGCGCACGCCCUGGCUCGGCCGCUCCGAGUUCACCGGCGACACCAAGCACUACUACGGCUGA